GUUCCCAGGGCUGCCUGCCCUGUGCUGCUCUGGUCCCAGACAGACUCUGAAUUCCGAGCUCCCUAACGCGGUGAGGGGGUGGCCUCGGCUGCUGUCACUGAGCUGCGAUUUCUUUAAAGACACUGUGAUUAAUGGGACCGGUAUUUCAGCCGUGUAAGGCAGGAGGGGAAAGCAGACAGAUGCAUGUGAGUGGCCCAUGGCUGCAGCUGCCUCAGUUCACUCAUUUAUUGCCUAUUGUAACUUGGAAGCAUUCUUUAGGUUGGUUCAUCUUCUGGGACCCUUCCCUGCCUUCUGGUUAAGGAAUCCAUGUGCACAUACAGGAUGACUCAACAGUGGGAUGGAUGUUCAGAUACCAGAAAGGUGCUGGUGACUUGACAGGAACCUCCACAUUCUUUGGAGAGACCUGUUGUACGUGAGACCUUUCAGGAGCCUGUGCAGUUUGCAUACGUUGGACUGUUACAUUCUGAAACUUUCACCAUGAAGAGAGCUGGGCAGAAGGUGGUGGCUGGAACUGAAGCUCCUGGAACAUCACAGACAAGCAAAAAACAGAAAACUAGUUUAUAUGGCUCAGGUUUUGGGGAAUCUGAGCCGUGCACCUCGAUGGACUGGGGCAGCCUUCCACACCACGUGAUCCUGCGCGUUUUCCAGUUCCUGACUUUAGUGGAUCGGGCCAGGGCAUCUUCUGUUUGUCGAAGGUGGAAUGAAGUUUUUCACAUCCCAGAUCUCUGGAGGAGAUUUGAAUUUGAACUUAGCCAGCCAGCCACUUCUUAUUUAAAGUCUACACAUCCAGAUCUCAUUCAGCAGAUUAUCAAGAGGCACGCUGACCAUCUGCAGUAUGUCAGCUUCAAGGUUGACAGUAGUACUGAGUCAGCAGAAGCAGCUUGUGACAUCCUUUCUCAGUUGGUGAACUGCUCUAUCAAGACACUGGGUUUGAUCUCUACAGCAAAACCAAGCUUCAUGAAUGUCUCUAAGGCUCAUUUUGCGUCAGCACUGACAGUAGUUUUUGUGAACUCCAAGUCAUUAUCAUCAAUCAAGAUAGAUGACACACCCCUUGAUGAUCCUUCCUUGAAGGUUCUUGUUGCUAACAACAGUGAUACUCUAAAACUACUAAAAAUGAGCAGCUGUCCUCAUGUUUCACCUGCUGGCAUUCUUUGUGUGGCUGAUCAGUGUCAUGGACUUAAGGAGCUGGCUUUGAACUACUACAUAUUAAGUGAUGAACUGCUGCUGGCUCUUUCAAGUGAAAAACACGUUGAUCUCGAACACCUUCGCAUUGACGUCGUGAGUGAAAAUCCCGGACAAGUUCAAUUCCACACCAUUAAAAAACAAAGCUGGGAUGCUCUUGUUAAACACUCCCCCAAAGUCAACAUUGUGAUGUAUUUCUUCUUGUACGAAGAUGAAUUCGAUGCUUUCUUCAGAGAGGAAACCCCCGUCACACACCUGUACUUCGGCCGUGCGGUGAGCAAGGCCAUGCUGGGUCGCAUUGGCAUGAACUGCCCCAGGCUGAUCGAGCUGGUGGUGUGCGCCAAUGGCCUGCAGCCCCUGGAUGAUGAACUGAUCCAGAUCGCCGAGCGCUGUAAGAACUUAACGGCCAUGGGGCUGGGCGAGUGUGAGGUCACCUGCAGAGGUUUUAUUGAGUUUGUAAAGAUGUGUGGGGGCAGGCUUACUCAGCUUUCCAUCAUGGAGGAGGUGCUGAUUCCCGACAGUGAUUACAGCUUAGAUCGGCUUCAUCUGGAAGUCUCCAAACACCUUGGAAGAAUGUGGUUUCCUGAUAUGAUGCCGACGUGGUAAAUUCUUUCUGUGGAUAAAAUGGUGGGAUUGGGUUGUUGCUUUCUAUGCAAAUAAAAAAUUUAAAAAUCAAA